GGGAAGAACUCUUGCUGUUCCCACGACCAUGACAUUAGGAACAUCAAUGGCUGCUCGUCAAGGUCCAGUAGCUAUGGCUGCUCAUCAGAUAUGUAUACAAGUAUGGUUGGUUGUAUCCCUUCUAACUGAUGCACUCGCUACCUCUGGUCAGGCCCUGAUUGCGAGUUAUUCAUCAAAAGGCGAAUACAAAAUUGUUAAAGAGAUUACUGACUUCAUGCUGAAGAUAGGAUUGUUUAUAGGUGUUUCAUUGGCUGUAAUUCUGGGAACAUCUUUUGGUUCUAUAGCGACCUUGUUCACCAAGGAUGCUGCAGUAUUGGAGAUCCUUAGAUCUGGGGUAUUGUUUGUCAGUGCUAGUCAACCUUUGACUUCUUAAUUUAGCUUAUGUUUUCGAUGGUCUCCAUGAUGGUGUUUUUGAUUUUGCAUAUGCAGCUCGUGCCAUGGUAAGCUGCUUGAAAGAAAUCCAGAAUUAUUGGGCGCUGCAAAUGAUAGUUGUAUACGUUUCUUUUUAUUAUCUUUUGACAAUUUUUAGUUUUACAAUAGAUGGUCGUGGGUGCAAUAUCAUCCGUCUUUCUGCUAUAUGCUCCUUCUGUUAUCAGUCUUUCUGGGGUUUGGUUGGGUUUGACCUAAGAAGCACCGAUACGGGUACGCGUACCCGGAUAUGAUGCGAUCGGAUACGUGGAAACGGCAAAUCUUAAAUGUAAUUGGAUACGGGUACGUGAAGGAUACGCCAAUUAUAUAUAUAUAUAUAGGGCCUCUCAGGUGCGGAUAUCCGCACUUUUUGCUUAGGUGCGGAUUUCCGGUUUGUACCCACU